ACCGUAAGCUGACGGUAAGAGCGCACUGAAAAUGUAGGAGCGGCUGGCUUGACUACGGAGGAACGAGAGGCGGCUGGCUUGACCGGGUUUUUGCAAACGAUGGUGCACCAGCUACUCGUAUAUAGAACACAGUCUUAUUUGUAGUGCUGCAACAGAUAAAAGGUCAAAUGGCUGGCAGCAGAUUGGAGAGGUUUGGAACUGUGUUCACCCGGGUUCGAGAUCUGAUGCGCUCUGGAGUCAUCAAGCGGUCAGAGAAACCCAUCUGGUAUGACGUAUACGAGGCUUCUCCUCCAAAGAAGGACCCACUGCAUGUGAAGCCACAUACCCGACCAAACACCAAGAAACAGGAGACUGUAUCUGAAAUCUUCUACCGAGAGGAUGAAGUCAGAGCGAGAUUCUAUGAGCAGUACGGUACAGGUUCCCGGCCUCUUGAUCUCUCCAAAUCAGACUUUGUUUCUACGUGUCAGAGGUUCAUAGAGAAAUACACUGAGUUAAAGAGUAACAGUGAGAUGGGUGACUCUGCUCUGUUUGAUGAGACCGGGAAGGCUCUCCUCAAAGAAGGAAUUAUCCUGCAAAGGAGAGGAGGUUAUCCUGUGUCAGCAGAGUCCAGGGAUCCAGUCCUUGAGCUGAAACUCACAGAUAUGUUGGCAGAACAGCAGUCAGUUGGUGCUGACACAGACACACCACACACAUAGCCUUCAGAAGCUACAGGAUCAUUUAAUGAGCUUCAAAUUUUCUACAGCAUUUAAAAUGUUGUUUGUCCUCUGAAAGUGAUGGUCAUCUGUUGAAAAUGAGUCAACCACCAACUCACUCAUGUUCAUGUUUCCGAGAUGCCACAGUGCACCUCAUCACUACAAGGAUGUUGUUAAGAGAUCAAAAAAGUAACUGACCGUUAGUCUAUGUUGCAGUGGUCAGGCCAAAAAAAAUGGAAACCGAGGAUGCAAAUGUUAUAUCAAUAUGUGAGAUUAAAGUUAUUAUUGUAACUUGGUAA